CUUGCGAUCGGGUCGCGCGCGACUGUUGACGGAGCAUGGCUGGGACGCGCCAACCGUCCAACUUUGCGUCCGACAAUCGCGGCAACGGGCAGAUCGACGUGCCUUCUUGCCCCGCCCACGACGCCAAGACCAAGGCGUCCGACAAGGCGAGCGAGCUCAAAGACAAGGCGUCGGACAAGGCGCACGAGCUUAAAGACAAGGCGUCGGACAUGUCGAGCAAGGUGGCCGACAAGGCGCGCAAUGCGAAGGACAAAGCUACGGGCUCCAUGAAGACGAGCGACAACAGCGACGACCCGUACUAGGCGGCCCCGCAUCAACCCCGCAACCAUGUGCGGAAAGAGUCUCGCUCGACC